AUGUCUGCUGAUAUUGGUCUAAUCGGUUUAGCCGUCAUGGGUCAAAACUUGAUUUUGAAUAUGGCCGAUCAUGGUUUCACUGUCUGUGCUUACAACAGAACUGUCUCUAAAGUUGACCAUUUCUUAGCUAAUGAAGCUAAAGGUAAAUCUAUCAUUGGUGCUCAUUCCAUUAAAGAUUUAGUCUCCAAGUUGAAAAGACCAAGAAAGGUUAUGCUUUUGGUUAAGGCCGGUAAUCCAGUCGAUUGGAUUAUCGAAGAAUUGCUACCUUUCUUAGAAAAAGGUGACAUUAUCAUCGAUGGUGGUAACUCUCAUUUCCCAGAUUCUAACAGACGUUACGAAGAAUUGACUAAGAAAGGUAUAUUGUUUGUUGGUUCAGGUGUCUCUGGUGGUGAAGAUGGUGCUAGAUUAGGUCCUUCUUUGAUGCCAGGUGGUUCUCCAGAAGCUUGGCCUGAAAUUAAGGAUAUCUUCCAAUCUAUCUCUGCUAAAGCAGAUGGCGAACCUUGUUGUGACUGGGUCGGACCAGCCGGUGCAGGUCAUUACGUCAAGAUGGUUCAUAACGGUAUUGAAUACGGUGACAUGCAAUUGAUUUGUGAAGCUUACGAUAUUAUGAAGAGAGUCGGUGGUUUCACAGAUAAAGAAAUCGGUGACGUCAUGGAAACUUGGAACACUGGUGUCCUAGAUUCCUUCUUAAUUGAAAUUACUAGAGACAUCCUAAGAUUUGACGACGUUGACGGUACUCCUCUAGUCGAAAAGAUCAUGGAUAAAGCCGGUCAAAAGGGUACUGGUAAAUGGACUGCCAUUAACGCUUUGGAUCUAGGUAUGCCUGUCACUUUGAUCGGUGAAGCCGUCUUCUCUAGAUGUCUAUCUGCCUUGAAGGAUGACAGAAUCAGAGCCUCAAAGAUCUUGUCUGGUCCAACCAUUCCAGCUAACUUGAUCACAGACAGAAAACAAUUCAUCGAUGACUUGGAACAAGCUUUAUAUGCUUCUAAGAUCAUCUCCUACUGUCAAGGUUUCAUGUUGAUCAGAGAAGCCGCCAAGACUUACGGUUGGGAAUUGAACUUCCCAUCCAUCGCUCUAAUGUGGAGAGGUGGUUGUAUCAUUAGAUCCGUCUUCCUAGGUGAAAUCACCAAGGCUUAUAGAACAAACCCAGACUUGGAAAACUUGUUGUUCGAUGAUUUCUUCAAGAACGCUGUUACCAAUGCUCAAUCCGGUUGGAGAAAGACUAUUGCUAUGACUACCACUUACGGUAUCCCAACUCCAGCUUUCUCUACUGCUUUGGCCUUCUACGACGGUUACAGAUCUGAAAGAUUGCCAGCUAACUUGCUACAAGCUCAAAGAGAUUACUUCGGUGCUCACACUUUCAGAGUCCUACCGGAAUGUGCAUCUGCUAACUUGCCUCUAGGUGAAGAUAUCCACAACAACUGGACUGGUCAUGGUGGUAACGUUUCUUCUUCUACUUACCAAGCUUAG